AAAAAGGGCUGUGAAGAAACAACAACAGGGUGGAUCAGGAGCACUAACCUCGGAGACAACGUAAACGGUAGACUAACCAACGUGCUGACAACAAGUAAAAUAUCAUGGCCCCAAGGAGCUGAUAGCAGGAAGUGCCAUUCUCACCUAAAGGGUGUUAACACAGCUUGAUAGUUUGUAGAGAGAGGGGUGGGGGGGCCCAGGCAGACCGUGGACGGGGAAGGGGAAAAGCUCAGCUGGAGCCAAUGCAGCAGCAGCACCGACAGCCUGAGCUGGUGGAAGGAAGCCUUCCCGUGUUCGUGUUCCCCACUGAGCUCAUCUUCUACGCAGAUGAGCAGACAUCUCACAAGCAGGUGCUCACCCUCUACAAUCCCUAUGAGUUCGCCCUCAAGUUUAAAGUGCUGUGCACAGCGCCAAACAAGUACACUGUGGUGGAUGCUACAGGAGCUGUCAAGCCACAGUGCUGUGUUGACAUAGUAAUCAGACACAGAGAUGUGCGGGCGUGCCAUUACGGGGUGUACGACAAGUUCCGACUGCAGGUGUCGGAGCAGAGUCAGCGGAAAGCUCUGGGUCGCAAAGAGGUGACAGCCACGCUCCGUCCCUCGGCCUCACAGGAGCCGUCCAGCCCCCGACCCCAAGAUGAGGAACGCAGACUCAAAGAGCAGCUCGCAGACAGCGAGUUCUUUGAACAGACUGCCUUUCAAACAGAGAGCCGUCCUGUUGCCGGAGGACCCAGUCUGUUGACGGUGCUGCUCGGGCUGGUGUGUAUGGCCGCCCUGAUGCUCCCGACGCUGGGGGAGCAAGAAUCUACUGUGCCUGUCUACCUCCACUUAAGUGUUAACAAGAAACUUGUAGCUGCUUAUGUUCUCGGUCUUCUUACAAUGGUCAUCCUACGCACAUGAAGUGCCCUGAGCUGAGAGAGAAGGAGGAGGAGAGGGAGGAGGAGGAGGGGAAUCUUAAAAAGACGGAGAGAACAUUCUCACACCAGAGGCACUACUUCGCUUCAAUGAGUAGAGCUGACAGCAUGGGGGGUGGGGGGGCACGGGCGUCUCCUAUCCCCCUUGAAACAUUCAGUACAUUUUAGAAUACUUGUUUUAAAAUCCACGCAUUUGUGUUAAUACAUAAAAUUGACACAAUAGUGAACCGAUGCAAACAGCGCAGGACCUCCUGCGUACAGGUCAAAGGCACGGUAGCGUGAGAGGAGGAGCUGUACCUUGAAGCGGGCCCGUGAAGAAUCAUUCAAAGUGUCGUCUGGCCUCAUAAACCCCCCCACCCCCCGUGUCUGUAUUUCUAUUGCCAUUAUGUAAACACAACAUGGUUAACUUGAGUGUGAAGGAAUUUACAUGCAAACAUGUAUAUAAAGCCAUUAAAAAAGUUUUCUUAUGGUAUUCACCUGUAACCAUCAUUAUAUUGAUGUUUUAAAGCAUUUUUUUUGUGUGUAGACUCUGAUGACUAAAUGCAGUUUAUUUGCAUGUGUGGGUACCUAUUUGAAUGAGUUUUUAUUUUUCCAGCAGUUAAUAUACAGAACUUUUACAUGUCACCGAAGGAAGGUCAUCUUCUAGAGAUAAUGGUUUGUCUGCCGCAGUAUAUCAAUGCUCCAAACGUUUAAUAAAGUCU